AUUAAAAUAGCUCAUCAUUACAGUGCACUCCGUUUUUGUUUUGUUCUUCCAUCGUCUGAAAAUGAUCUGGAAUUAGUAACAGUUUCUCCACAUACAGCGACGUUAGAUCCUGCAGCUCUAUAAUGAGAGACUGAUAUUAUAUUAAAUACCAAAAAAUCUAUCGCAGCUCUGCUUCACCUGUGUUCCAGAUAUGAUCCAGUCCUGGGUCGUUGUCUCUUUAAAGCGCAAAAGGAGGCGUGGUGGUACGUUGACGGCGUGCGUCCAGAGAGUCUCAUGAAUGACUACUACUGUUUCUGGUCGUGUGACAUUGUGAACCAAAGUGACUUACAAUACAUGUCUGCGCUGGGGGGGCGAAGGGACGGCAGGUGAAGGAAGAAAGAAAGGAAGACGGGACAUUGGUUGAGAUGUGCCACCGUUGCUGUUUUUACGCGGAGAGCAGCGCAACGCACGCUUCAGUUCCACAAGGUUACAAAGCGGUUUGGUUGUCCUCAUGUCAGUCUGUGUCGGCAACCUGUGAGUGAAGUUUAUCCUGCUCUGCUCCAUACAUCGACAGACUUUCCAGGCACGGACAUAUUUAUGAAGGAAUGCGUUUAUCUUAAAUUGUCUUAAAAGAGUUCUUUGACGUGCCGAACUUGAGGGUGUACAGGUAAACUUGCCUGCGCAUGAUGUACACAAUCACUAGAGGUCCUAGCAAGCUGGUCACACAACGAAGAACAGGGCCUACUCAACAGCUGGACAGCAAAAUAAAUGACUUUAAGCACAAACAGACGUCCUGGAAUAUGCCUGACCUUCCCUCACCCAAGAUAGUUUUCAACCGUGUGAACGGUAAGAAGUACCAUCAGCCUGCUGUGGUUCUCUCUGCAGACAGUCAGCAGGAAGAGAGUUUCUCCCCUGCACACGAGGAAAAUGUGAAGUUUGUCUCUGAGGCCUGGCAGGAGGUUGGUCAGGGACUGGAGGCAUCCCAGAAAGCAGUUUACUACAAAGAGACAACUCCUGGACCACACAUGGACGGUUUUGUGCCCAUAGAUCUGGAUGAAUGGUGGGCCCAACGCUUCUUGGCCAAUAUAGACAAACUUUCCUGACACUCUCCAUAGGAUUUGAUGUUGGCCAGUCGGGAGGUGAGACCUGCAUUGGGAUGGCUCACAAAAG